CACGCCCCUUUAGGUUUUGGGGAUGUAAACAACGCAUAUCCGGCGAGAUUUCACGGGAUUUUGACCGUGGCUGUAUCCCUUCUAGUCACAACCCAUCGAUGCCGUUUUUCAAUCCGUAGGUCGCAUUUAAAUGCUGCAUACGUCAUCAAGACUGUCUUAUUUCAGCUAAUUAACAAUUAUAAAGUUGACUAUUAUUCUUAGUUAAUCGUAAAUUGUUGUAAUAUGCUUGCCAUUCGCAAGAAUUGAGAAACGGCCCGAAUGUGCUUACCGUAUCGAUACUAGAAUGUGACGUGUAAAACACUGCAGAUCACUGAUUGGUCAAGAAGAAUUGUCACUACAAGCGUCAUUGGAUUUGCGACACCACACACCCGCAAGAUUCAAAUACAAAAAUAUUUAGCAGUCGCAGAAUCGUUUGGUGGGACGGAUUUUAAAUGGCUGUAUCGUGGUGGUCGGUAGACGAGAUACAGACGUUCCUCUCGUUCUUGACCAAGGAGCGGAUCCAGCGAGAGCUAACUGGGGCGACGCGGAAUGAAAGAGUUUUUAAGGAAGUCGCUCAGCUCUUGGUUGCACAUGGCUACCACCGUACACACAAUCAGUGUAGGGAAAAGUUAAAAAAACUAAGAUGCCACUACAGAACCAUAAAGGACCACAACAGCCGGAGUGCUUCUAACAAAAAAACGUGGAAGUGGUUCGACCAAAUGGACGCUAUCUACGGAGAUAGACCGAGGAGCGAUGAGAGGGAGGGUGCCAUGGACAUGGACUCUUUCACGGUGGUUUUGGAGAACACGGUGAAAAAGGAGGACGGGUCCCCACCAGCACGACCGCAAACACCAACAACCCCCAAGACAAACAUUAAACUGGAGCAUGUCAGCACAGAUUCAUCUCCUACAGUUGAUUCUUUAGCACUUUCUCCAUGCAGUGACGCCAUUACUUCCCAACUCGUGCUAGCAGCGUCACCACCAGCACAAACGCCAACACCUCCUAGGAAAAGCAUUAAACGGAGACAUCCAAGCAUCGUCAAGAAACGGAAACGGAGCCUGCAUCAGAAGCAUUUUGCUGUUUUAAGAGAGAUGCAGUUGGCUGAUACUCAAUUGCUGGAGCUGAGAGAGCGACAUUUCCAGAUGAUGAUCGAUGAGGCCCGGGAGAUGCGCGAGCAGGAAGCUGCCUUAAGGAGGGAGGAGAGUGCACAAAUGGCUGUGUUCAAUCAAGCCUUCCUCAACAUCAUGGAUAAGCUUGUACAGGUGAUGAGUGGCCAGCGAGAGCAGACGAAAUGGACCCUGCACCACCAGGAUCACCUUGAUGUUUUAAAAGAAAUGCAGGCGACUGAUGAUCAACAGCAAGAACUGAACCGGGCGCAAAGAGAGCGUCAUUUCCAGAUGGAAAUCGAUGAGGCUCGGCAAAUGAGGGAGCAGGAAGCAGCCUUAAGGAAGGAGGAAAAUGCACAAAUGGCUGCAUCCAAUCAAGCCUUCCUUGGUGUCAUGGAGAAGCUUGUGCAGGCAAUAAGUGGCCAGCGAGAACAUAACUACGUGCCAGAAUAGAAAACUGCCUCUUACAUACUUUUUAAUUUUUAAGUAAUUCUGCCUGUGACAUAUUUUGCCACAUCCCUCAUCCACCCCAUCACCUCACUCUUAGCUGGUUUCUUUCCCAGUUAAAGAGAAGGAAAGCACUGUAGCUUCGGGCAAAAAUUCUAAGCUCGGGGCCCUCCCCUCGGACAGUACGCCAAAUAAGCUUUAUCAUAUUUGAUUACAGGUUAAUGCAAAUUUGCAAACAAAUUUGUGUUUUAUACUAUAUACAUAUUUGCACAUUGUUUAAAGUUUGCUUAGCCUACACUUUUAAGUUGUUGUAUUCAUAUAUUCCUUAUGUAUAUAUUAUGUAUAUUGCACUACAUACAUUUGCACAUUUGUUAAAGUUUGCCUUUGUGUUUUUCUUAAAUAAAAAUACACCGGUCAAACAUGUAAUCUAUGAUUUAAUAUUUCAUAAGCAUAUGAUUUACUACCUGAUACGUGUAAAUGAUUAAUAGAAUAUAAUGAUAAAGCCUGUUUAAAGCCCCCUAACCUAAAAAAUGCACUUUUAAAUGUGUUUUCUAGCAGAAAACGAGUCUGCAGAAACAUCCUGUUAGUUAUACAAAUCCAUCUAUUUUCCUUGCGUGAUCUCCUUUAAACCGCAACACUCACACAAAACAAUGUGAUGUCACAAUGAUUACGCCCCAACCAUACCCGCUCACAGACUCUGCCUUAUGAGCUCGUAGUUCAAUCUUCUGCCAGAGACACAUGUUUUGAUAUAGUCCAAAGCACAUGUGUGAGCGAACGAAGGGGAACAGAAGCUUUCUUUGCAUUUAAAGAAACACACACAAAAAAGCGCAUUUUUCAUUGCAGCCACAAAUGGCCAUGUUCAACAUCAUAUAAUGAAAGAUCUGUGGUGUAUUUUGAGUUGAAACCUUACAGACACAUUCUGCAGAAACUAGAAUGUGUCUGUAAAGGUUCAACUAUAACAAUAAAUCUAUUAUCCAACCUGAUUUAAAGCAGUACUAAACUGCAGUGGAAGUGUGCCGAGUCUAGUCGAUGCAUUGGAAAAGCGCCAGGAGACAAACAGAC